CAACUUGAUAACGCAAAGACCGAUCGCCGAAGAGCACGGGGUCGAUGUUUUUCGAAUCGCUGUAUCUGGGCUUUUCAAUAGUUAUGCGCUCUAAGGAGGUUUUUACAUGCAAGUAUACACUGCUAGGCUGCGGUAGCGGGUAAUCGAGGAAGUCUGGAAUUUAUUACGCAACUGUGCAAAGUAGCACUGUUGCUGCAUAGGACGUCUAUUUUCAUCCCUUAGCGCCCGCAUCUGUGCACUUGGGCAACGCCUCUGCUCACAGCGCGGGCUGGCGGGCGUUCUGCGCGCGCUUCUGCCUGCCGGUCACUGGGCACAUUGUGUCUUCCCAUAAAGGCCGACUGCAAGGCCUUGGCUGGUUACGGCCUAGUUAGCCACACUGGUUCCGGCGCAGGGCUGUUUCGUCGUGCGCCAGCGCCUGUUCCGCAGUGCGAAAAUGGCCGACGCCUGGAAGCAAGGUUCUGCAUCAGCCUCUCCGCUAUGCCGAAUGUCACAUGCCCUAGAAGCUGCGGGCGGUGUGUGCGCGCUGGUCAACGACCCUGCCCUGCCAAGCCCUAUGCUGUUGCGGCGGUGCCGCAUGGGCACCGCAACCGUGGACGCCGCACAUACGACGAACGCCUUGUCCCCCAGUCUGCUGGGUUCGUACUAUGCCACGGCGGUACAAUUUGAUGUUGUUGUCAGCGGUGAACGCGCAGAACAGACAGCGCUAAUCAGCCCGGCAGCGCCUGGCGCCGACCCUUGCUCACGCAGCAGCAGCAGCAGCAGCAAUGCCUGCCACAGCCCCGCUGCUGCGUGCGGCACUGUGGUCCCCAACAUACUCAGCAGCCGCUCCACUCCCACGAGCAGCGUGGGUGGCUCUCCAUCACACUGCGCCUUUGGAGGCCGCAGCAGCUGCGGUGGCAGCAGUUGCAGCGGCAGCAGCUGCGGCGGCGGCAGCAGCUGCGGCGGCGGCGGCGGCGGCAGCUGCGGCGGCGGCCCGUCGGCCACGGCCUCUCCAACCAGCGUCGCUCCUUGCCCGGUCGCAACCUACACCCGCGGCCGCAGUGGCGGCGGCGGUGUAAAUCAUGGCAACAACAUGGAGACGUGUGCUCCCUGCCUUCACGCCGCGCUCCUGCCCGGCCUCUUCCUGAUGGCCUCCGACUCUGCUGACGCGGCUGUUUCCGUUGAGACGCCGUGCACGGAAGGCCCGCGGCCUGCCGAGCAGUUGGAGCCUUCCGUCCUUGCCACGCCCGCCGGGGCUACCUCGCGGCACGCCAAUACCCGCAGCCGCCAUCUCCAAACCGUGGGCCGUGCGACGCGCCGCGUGCACCUCGACUCCUCAGCAGGCUGCUACAGCGUCAGCGCUCCCGCCGCAUCGGCGUCUGCCACGGCGGCGGCGGUCAGGGCGGCGGCGGUCACGGCGGCGGCGGUCACGGCGGCGCCCCUGCUGCCGUGCUCGCGCGUGCGCUACGCACUGGCGGCACUCGAGGAGGUCGCGGGCUUGCGUGUUUCGAGGCUGCCGCCGGCACCAAGGGUGUUGGCUGCCGGCGGCGCCGGCCCGGCCUCCGCGUUCGCCUCGGCGGCUGCGGCUGAUCUCGUCGCGGCUGCAGUAACAGUUGCUCCAUCGGGAUGUGACGCGGGCCUGCCGGCUGUGCCGCUUCAGCCAGCCGCCUCGGCGCCGGCGGCCGACGGCCAGCGAUGCACCACUGGCGGGCUGGCGGGCGGCGUGGAGGGCGCGGCUGCACUGCAAGUGGCGCCGCCACCACUCCGAGUGCUGAGUGCCAGGCUAGGGCUCAUUACCGCUACUGCUGCACGGAGCAGCUCGAAGCAGCUCGAGGUGGACACGGGCACAGGCGUCCGGCGCAGCGACGGCAGCUUGUCAGGGGCAGCUGGCACAGGCGACUCGCCCACACACGUCACGUCCGGUAGGAGCAGCAACAGCAGCUGCGGUGGCGGCGACUCCACGGCCCCCAAAGGCGCGCAUUGCAACCGCGAGGCUUGCAGCGCUGCUGCCGAGUUGGAGGACUCGCCUCUUACGGAGUAUGGUAACCCCGUUGCCGGCCCGACAGCGACAUCCACUGUCGACGUGAUUGCCGCUGUUGGCGGCGUCAGUACGCCAAGCACGCCCGUGGCCUCCGUGGCGAACCCGGACGCGUGCCUUGCGACCUGCUAUCAGAACCCCCUCGCGGCCUAUGACAACAUGGAGCCCGGUGACUGCAGCUAUCGCAAUCCACUGUGCAGCGUCAACGGCGGCGGCGCCAGCGGAGCCGACGAUGACGAUGAUGAUGACGGCGGCGAGGACGUGUUCGCAAUGCCUGUUAUGCCGCUUAACGCGCUGCUCACGACCUGGAGCGUGAGCAGCCGCAGCGGCGGCGGCAGCAGGGGCGGCAGCGGCGGCGGCAGCAGGGGCGGCAGCAGGGGCGGCAGCAGGGGCGGCAGCGGCGGCGGCGCGCCUGCCGGCAGUAUGGGCGGCGGCAGCGGCAUCAAGGCCUCGUGCCCUUGGAAUGAAUUUUGCCCCAGCAGCAGCACGGGCGGCGACGAGCUGGUUGUGGUGGGGCAUGCGGCCAGCCCGGUGGGCAGGCUGGCACGCACGCGGCAGGGCAGUGGGGGCAGUCAGCUGGCGGUGCGUUCAAGCAAGCAAGCCGCAUCCACGCAUGCCGCGUGAGGGAGGCUUCGGGCACGGAAUAGCACGGAAUAGCGGAAUAGCACGGAAUAGCACGGAAUAGCAUUCGGUUGCUUGCCGGCCGGAGUCAUUCGUGUUGUGAGCGGUAUACGGUCUAUCUACGGCCGUGACAUUGACUGGCAAGCAAUGGGGCAUUGCGCAAGGGCGCCCAGGCUGCAGCCCCUCGUACCUAAGCAGGAUGCACAGAUAGCUUACUAUGAUAACAAUACGUGGCAAGGCCGUGCACAAAUGUAGGUGUGGCACAAUCCAAAGCGCCGCGCACCAGCGGUAGUCGCGUGUGGGUCAUAGCGGGGGUAGUGUGUCGUAAUCUGGGUUGACAGACAGCGGACGAGCACUUUCUUUCCUGGCAUUGGCACGCGCAGCAGCACUGCGGUCCUUACCUGCAGGAUUGGGCAAGCAUAUACGGCACUGCCAUGUGCUGCAGUUUCAGCGGUUGGAUUGAUUUUACUAGCUUUGGAUGUUUCAACUGCCGUGGUGUAGUGCCAAGGGGGCGUGCCGCCGUGACGGCAGGUUGGGCUGAGUGCCUGCGUUGCAUGCGCUUGCACGCGCAGCAGGCGAGCCCUGCGUGCCAGCAGGCAACGUGGGUGAUGAGCGCAGGGGUGCACGGCGCCACCGGUACGGCAUGCGCGCCAGCGUGCGAUCGCAACUACGCAGGAUUGAUGCAUGUGUGCUGGAACUUGAGGCGGAUGACGCAGGCACCAGGCCGCAAGGCUACCAAAUAUAAUGUCUUACAUCUGCUGAGGAGUGAGAGUUGUUUAUUCGAAGGUGCGAUGUCUAAUGCGGCGCCGCAGGGCGUUGUAGAGUGGAAGGUGGCUGGCAGACACAUGUGCACGCGUUGCACCAGUAGUGGGUGUUAAGUAUACCUGCUUCGGUAGGCUACGUUGGUCAAGACACGCACGCACGCGCACGAUCGACAGAUGUAAAUUCGACUUGCG